AUGAGCGGGGCAGUCAAGAAAGUUGGUUUAAUUAGCUCAUUCAUUGCCACAGCCAAGCCCAACUUACAAACUUUUGUGAAAUAUGCUAAAGUAGAGUUAACUCCACCCAAAUUAUCUGACUUGCCAGAAAUUAAAAACGAGAUUUCUAAAAUGAUACAAACAGCUCGAACUGGACGUUGGAAAAAUAUUACCGUUAAGGAUGCUACACUCAAAUCACUCAUCGCUAUCGAAGUAUAUAUGUGGUUCUACGUUGGUGAAUGUAUAGGAAAGAGGCACUUAAUUGGUUAUGACAUCAAGUUAUAA